CUCAUCCUCUUUUGACACAUAUAUAUACCCUACCACCCUUGCAUUCCUCAAACAUCAUCAACAACAACAACCAAAAAAAAACCUUCUCUCCUCGAUCAUAGCUAUAAACCCCAAAACCCUUUCCCAAAAUUAUACGUACAACACCUUCACAACAUUCUAUAAACCAAAGUUAAAAUCUAGCUAGGGUUAAAAAAAUGUCCGGGGUGUGGGUAUUCAAGAAUGGUGUGUUUCGUUUGGUGGAAAACCCUCAAGCUGAGGCCUCAGAUGGGAGGCAUGGGAAGGGAAGUAGCUCAAAGAGAAAGGUGUUGGUUCACUUGCCAACUGGUGAAGUGGUUUCUUCCUAUGCUUUUCUUGAGCAAAUCUUAACUGGAUUAGGGUGGGAGAGGUACUAUGAUGGAGACCCAGACCUCUACCAAUUUCACAAGCACUCUUCAAUUGACCUAAUUUCCCUCCCAAAAGAUUUCUCCAAGUUCAACUCCAUCAAUAUGUAUGAUAUAGUCAUCAAGAACCCCAAUGUCUUCCAUGUCCGGGAUAAGUGAGUCUUCAUUUGUUGAUGUGCCACUAUAGUAGCUCCUCUCCAUUCACCUUAAUUCCUUUUUUUGUUGGUGGUCUUUUUUUUACCUUUUUUUUUUAAUAUCGGUUUUUAUUGGUCUCUACUUCCUCAUGUUGGUGUGUUCUUCUAUAUAGCUAGCUAGAGUUUGUGGAAACUCUAGUAAACUCUUGUUGGGUUUUUCUUUUUCUUUUUUUGGGGGGGUUUUUUGUUUAUAAGUUAGAGAUGAACGAUGGUGUGGGGUGCAUGAUUAGUAUAUAUGAGCUUGGGAUGCUUAUGUAACAUAUUGAGUAUUGAUUUCUAAUAACAUUGAUGCAUCCCAUGAAGAAUUUUCCCUUUCUUAA